AUGAGUCACAGACAGGCGGAGUUGACGAUGGAGGAGAGAUACAAACGGGAGCAGGCAUGCAUAGUCCCCCUUCAUGCACCUACAAAAUCUCUGAACGAGUUUGCCGAGUACGUUGAGAAGCAGCAGGAGAGACGGUAUUUUCGUAGCCAAAACCGAGAUAGUUCCGUGGCUCCAAGCGACAGCGGCUAUUCUACUGCGACUAUAUCCACUGCCCAUGACGACCACUCCGAACUCGACAUUCUUGACCAGCUUGGCUUGUCAGACCAUCCCACCAGUGUCCAGCUUAAAGACUUGCUCCUUGACAACUCUCCGGACGCAGGGAGCACCCUUUCUCGCAUAAUCAGCCUCGUGAAAGGCCGGUUGGAGGAGGGACAGGGAGAGACGAUAUUUGACCUUGGUCAGGAAGACAAUGGCGACUGGAUGGGCUUCGACAAGGAGCAGUGGGGCUAUGCCCUCGAUCGUCUAAAGCGGGCUGCUUAUGCGCUUAGGGCUCAUUGUCGGGUCUUGCUGACUUACAAUGUCGGUGGGCCUGAGGAGGCUGAGACGAAGAGUGACCGUAUUAAGUGUGCCUACGGGAAAGUCUUGAUACGGAAGGCUCCCGAGACGGUAGAGAAGGUUAUUGAAACCAGGAUCGCGGUGGUUGGAAACGUUGAUGCCGGUAAAAGUACCCUUCUGGGUGUCUUGGUUAAGGGAAAACUGGAUGAUGGGCGAGGCAAGGCACGGGUGAACCUAUUCCGCCACAAACAUGAGAUCGAGACCGGGAGGACCAGCUCCGUCGGUAUGGAGAUUAUGGGAUUUGAUACCCAUGGCGAAAUCGUGGGUCAUGGUCAAGCCCGAAAGCAGACAUGGGAGGAGAUUGGGAAACAGUCUGCAAAGGUGAUUUCAUUCAGUGACCUCGCCGGCCAUGAGAGAUACCUACGGACUACUGUCUUUGGCAUGCUCAGUAGUAGCCCAAACUACUGUCUACUAAUGGUUGCCGCCAAUAAUGGACUUAUUGGAAUGAGCAAGGAGCAUCUGGGCAUUGCACUAUCGCUCAACGUCCCUGUUAUGGUCGUUAUCACAAAGAUUGAUAUCUGCCCUCCUCAAAUCCUGCAGCAAACAAUCAAACAGUUGACCGGAAUUUUGAAGUCUCCUGGGGCUCAUAAGAUUCCAAUCUUCAUCAAAUCCCGAGAAGAUACCGUCAACACGGCUACGCAGUUCGUCAACCACAGGAUAUGCCCUAUCUUCCAAGUCUCGAAUGUGACCGGGGAGUGCAUUGAUCUGGUACAGAUGUUCCUCAAUAUGCUCCCACAUCAUGGCCGGUAUGACUCCGGCGCACCCCUGGAAUUCCUGGUGAAUGAUACCUUCUCCGUGCCGUUCGUAGGGACGGUGGUGUCUGGAGUUGUGAAAGCUGGAGCUGUGCAUACAGGCGAUCCGGUGCUUGUUGGGCCAGACUCACUUGGCCAAUUCAAGAGCACUGUCAUUAAAUCCAUUGAGCGCAAACGGAUCCAUGUGCACGCAUGUUCAGCCGGACAGUCGGCAUCCUUUGCUCUCAAGGGAGUUCGCAGAAAGGACGUGAGAAAAGGAAUGGUUGUUCUGCCUAAACUAGACCGUCCUCCAAAGGUUUAUCGUGAAUUUGUUGCCGAAGUAUUGAUACUGUCACAUGCCACCACAAUCAAACCGAAGUAUCAAGCCAUGUUGCAUGUUGGAGCUGUGAGCCAGACCUGCGCUAUCAUCGAUAUUGACCGGGACUUUAUCAGAACCGGAGACCGGGCUCUAGUCGCAUUCCGGUUCAUCCAACGACCAGAAUUCCUUUCAGUAGGGGACCGAAUCCUGUUCCGUGAGGGAAGGACCAAAGGUCUAGGCAUCGUUAAAGAGGUUUGCUACAAUCCCAGUAUCCCUCUGAACCCCGAGAAGAGGAUGGCACCCUCAACUGAUCAGGGAAAGGCUGGCUAA